UUUUGUGUUAAUCGCCUAUUUUUUCAUGGCUCCGACUGAUAAUGAUAUCAGCAGUACCUCUGGUUGUCGUGAACAGUCUGAAUUUAUCCCUAAGCCCUCAAGUCCUAUUUUUCUUCACUCUUCCGAUAUACCUGGUCUUUCCUUAGUUCCUGUACCUUUCUCAGGAUCUGGUUUUGGAGGAUGGAGAAGGAGCAUUAUUGUGUCAUUGUCUGGUAGAAAUAAAAUUGAAUUCAUCGAUGGUACCUUGCCUAGACCUUCCCCUAAUUCACCUGAGUCUAAGCAUUGGGAUAGAUGUAAUAACAAAGUAAUUUUCUGGUUAACUAGCUCUUUGUCUUUCAGUAUUGCUGAGAGUGUUCAGUACUCUGAGACAGCUGAAGACAUAUGGAAACAAUUAAAUAGAAGAUAUGAGACUAUAAAUGGGACUAAGGUUUUUGAGAUUAAGAAGGAACUAGCCUCCACUAACCAGGGUUCUCUCGACAUUGCCUCUUAUUUCAACAAGUUGAAGAAGUUAUGGGAUGAACUAAGAGUCAUGCGCACUUGUCAUGGUAGCACUUGUACCUCUGCUGUUAAGGCUGGUAUCCAGAAAGAGGAGGAAGAGGAUAGGCUGCAUCAGUUUCUCAUGGGUCUGAAUGACACUUAUAUCAGUGUCAGGAGUAAUCUUCUUAUGAUGCAGCCACCUCCUUCCUUGGACAGUGCAUAUAACAUUCUCCUUCAGGAUGAGAGACAAAGGCAGAUCAAUCCUUCCUCUCAAUUCAAUCCCGAGUCGACUUCUUUCAAUGUAACAUCCCUUAACCAUUCUUGACCAUUACAACCUCAAAAGCACUACUCUCAAAAAGUAUCUUUUGAUUCAAGUAGAGCAACUCAGUUUUGCAAAUAUUGUAAGAAGAGUGGUCAUUUAAUUGAAAAGUGCUAUAAGUUGCAUGGAUUCCCACCUGCUUUCAAGUUCACUAAUGGUAGGAAGAUGGCUGCAAAUGUUGAGGUUGACAUAUCCUCUAGCAAUGAGUCACAUGCCUCUGCACCUCCUAAUCAGAAUGAGGGUGGUUCUCUGGUACCUGGACUUACUAAGGAGCAGUAUGUUCAGCUCAUGUCUAUGUUGCAACACACUCUUGUGUCUGAAUCUCCUUCUUCUCAUACAAAUCUUAUGGCAUCUACAAAUUUUGCUGGCCCCUUCACUGAAGAGUCCACUGGAAGUUAGUAAAUUGGAACAUGGACUUUACAGGCUUCUGAUGACUCCUCCUCAGUGUAGUAAUUCUGCUUCACACUGCUACACUUCAGUAUCUGAUAGUUUACCUUCUGUUUCCAGUGUUGUUUCACGUUGUAAAUGCCCAUUUAUUGUUUCUGAUUCUUCCUCUAUAUGCAUUCCAUCUACCAUGCAUUGUAAAAAUCAUUCUGGCAUCAAUAAAGAGGAAAUGUUAUGGCAUCAAAGAUUUGGUCACAUUCCUUUUGUUAGACUAAGAGACAUUUCUGGUAUCCCUUAUGUUUUCUCUUCAAAGCAAUCAUUUGUUUGUUCUAUUUGUCCUAUGGCUAGACAGUCCCGACUUCUUUUCCCUGAUAGUAGCAUUAAGUCAUCCCAUCCAUUUCAACUGAUUCAUGUUGACACAUGGGGGGGACCUUACUCUACUCCCACCUACAAUGGCUUUAAAUACUUUCUUACUAUAGUUGAUGACUUCUCUAGAGCAACUUGGACACAUCUUAUGGGUUCUAAAAACAAUGCAUUCCCCUUGCUUAAAGCACUUAUUGCAUUGGUCCAUACCCAAUUUUCUACCAAAGUUCAAUCUGUUAGGAGUGACAAUGCAUUAGAACUUGGUUCCAGUAAUCUUGCUACUCAAUUGUUUAGGGAUCAGGGGAUAAUACAUCAAAUUAGUUGCUCACAUACACCUCAGCAGAAUGGUGUAGUUGAAAGGAAGUAUAAAUAUCUGCUUGAAACUUCUAGGGGCCUACUUUUUUCAGUCCAAAUUACCUCUCAAAUUUUGGGGGGAGUGUGUCCUCACUUCUACCUAUCUUAUCAAUAGGUUUCCUUCCAAGCUCCUCCAGAAUAAAUCUCCUUUUGAACUACUCUAUGGUACUCCCCCUUCCUACUCACAUAUCAGAACAUUUGGCUGUCUCUGUUUUCAUACUAUUCCCAAAUGUCAUAAGAAUAAGUUGCAAGCUAGGGUCGAACCCUGUGUCUUCCUUAGGUACCCUCUUGGUAAGAAAGGCUACAAGUUGUUUAACCUUUCUACUAGGCAAGUCUUUGUUUCCAGGGAUGUCAUAUUCCAUGAACACCUCUUUCCUUUUGAUGCUUCUACACUUUCCUCUCUUGGUCCUUCACCUCCUAUUUUCUCUUCUCAUGUUCACUUCUCUCCUUCUAAUUCUUCCCCUGCUCAUUAUGAUUCUCCAAGUUCUCCUUCUGCUUCUAUUCCCUCUCUUAUUUCCUCUACCUUAGUUGCUCCUCAUGUCCAGACACCUUCUCCCCUUAUCCAACCUACUAUAAAAUCUGCUAGAACUCAUCAGCCUCCUGCUCAUCUUGCAGACUUUGUUUGUGACUUUCCUCCCUCCUUGGCUAGCUCCAGUUCUUUAUCCUCUAUAGUACAGUAUUUUGCUAAUAGUGCUGCCAUUGAGCCUCAAUUCUAUCAUCAAGUUGUUUCAAUUCCAGCUUGGCAAGAAACCAUGAAAAAGGAGUUUGAGGCUCUUGAAGCCAACAAUACUUGGAUGAUUGUUGAAUUACCUGAAGGUAAAAAACCUAUUGGCUGCAAAUGGGUAUAUAAAAUCAAAUAUCGAGCUGAUGGUAGUGUUGAAAGAUAUAAAGGUAGGUUAGUGGUAAGAGGAUAUACUCAAGUAGAGGGAGUGGAUUUUACUGAACCUUCUCUCCUGUUAUUAAAUUUUCCACUGUUAAAUGUCUGGUGGUUGUGGCAGUUAAGAAGAGGUGGUCUCUUUUCCAACUUGAUGUGAAUAAUGCUUUCUUGCAUGGUAAUCUAGAUGAGGAGGUCUACGUGAAAUUGCCUCCUGGUUUGUCUGUUUCUUCUUCUUCUUCUUCUUCCUCUCCUUUGGUAUGCAAGCUUCAAAAAUCUUUAUAUGGGCUUAGGCAGGCUUCUCGGCAGUGGUAUGCUAAGUUGUAUCUUGCCUUGUGCUCUAGGGGUUAAACACAUUCUUUGAAUGACUAUUCUCUAUUUUUCAAAAAAUAUGUCUCUUUUAUUAUGUUGUUGGUUGUCUGUGUUGUUGAUAUUAUUUUAACGGGUGAUGAUGAGGCUGAGAUACUUGCUUUAAAAGCCUUUUUGGAUGGUUAUUUUAAGAUCAAGGACUUGGGUACCUUGAAUUAUUUCCUGGGCAUUUAAGUGACCUAUUUCCCUUCUGGUUUACUUCUCCAUCAACAUAAGGUUAUCUCUGUUCAGUUCUGAGGCUGCCCAUGUUGUCUCUCCUUUGGAUCUCACUCAAAAACUUAAGGCUGGUGUUGGUGAUCUGUUACCUAAACUUGAACAGUUUCGGAGUUUGAUUGGAAAGCUCAAUUUCCUUACACACAUCAGACCUGACUUGUGCUUUGCAGUCCAGCACUUAAGCCAGUUUCUUCAAUCUCCGAGGCUUCCUCAUAUGGUUGUUGCUCUUCAUAUUCUGAGGUAUUUGAAAGGCACAUAUGACAUGGGGGUUUUCUUUGAAGACUCUUCUGAUUUGUCCCUAACUGCCUAUUGUGAUAGUGAUUGGGCAACUUGCCCUGACACACGAAGAUCCGUUACUGGUUUUAGCAUUUUCUUGGGGGGUUCCCUCAUUGGUUGGAAGUCUAAGAAGCAACCAGUAGUUUCACUUUCUUCCGCAGAAGCCGAAUACAGUGCUGUUAGUAAAGUUGUUGCAGAGCUUGCUUAGGUUGCCCGCUUGCUUGAUGAUCUGCAUGUCUUUGUUGCUUCUCCUGUGCCUGCUUUUUGUGAUAAUCAGGCAGCUAUUCACAUUGCUCGCAAUCCUGUUUUCCAUGAACGCACUAUACACAUAGAAGUGGACUGCCACUUUGUCCGUACCAAACUUGCUGCUGGGGACAUUCAGUUGUUUCAUGUGCCUACUACGGCUCGACUUGUUCACCAAGCCCCUCACUAGUGGUAUCCAUCAUGGGUUGAUGUCCAAGUUGGGCGUUGUAUCCCCGUCCAACUUGCGGGAGGUGUUGACGUAAUGAUCUCCAGUCGGAAGCCCAAAUUCAAACCAGUUGAUCGAGGCCCAUUAUAGUGUAGUAGCAUAUCUUAUUUAUGUACCAAUAUAUUAGAGAGCCCAAUGUAAUUUUCUAUGAUUAAUAGUCUCGGGCCAGGUCCAUUGUAUAAAUAGAGACAAUUAGCUCUAUUCAGUAGUAGUUUUGUACAUUCUUUUUCAAUAAUAAAAGAAGCUUCUAGA